AUGUCUGGUCGUUCGAAUAGACAGAUCUUGACACAAGGUGAAAAGUACCUUAACAAGAAACUAAAAAAGUUUGGUACCGAUGAAGUGACAUUCGAUAAAGAUUCAAGGUUAGACUUCUUAACUGGGUUCCAUAAACGUAAAGUUCAAAGACAGAAGAAGGCCCAAGAGUUUAUUAAGGAACAAGAGAGACAGGCUAAGAUAGAAGAGAGAAAAAAAAUCCGUGAUGAAAGAAAGAAUGAUUUCGAAGGUAAAAUGAAAGAGUUCGAAAGAAACAUGGCACUGCAAUUUGACAGCGAACUAGACGAUGACAGUGAAGAUGAUGAAGAUAAAGAAAAAAAAUCAAAGUCAAAGACUAAGACUAAGAAAAAACAAGGUAAGGAUGAAAAUGAUGAUUAUGAAAAUUGGGAAGGGUUUGGUUCAGAAGAAGAAGGAAGCCAAGAUGAUGAUAAAGUAAGACCAAUAUUGAAGAAACAAAUACUUGAUAAAUCGGUCUAUGGUGAAGAUACCACUGUAGAAAUUGAAUCUUUGGAACCAAAUGAUAAUUUUGAAUAUUUGGCAAAGGUUAAUAACGUUAAAUUAGAAAAAGCUGAAAAGAUUUUAAAUGAAAGCAUAACUAGGGCGACUAAAUAUGCUAAAUUUUUAGGAAUGUCUGAUAAAGAUGAAGAAAACAAAGUGAAAAAGGCUAAACAAAAAAAGAAGAAGUUCAGAUAUUUAACUAAAACCGAAAGAAAGGUUAACCAAAUAAAGGCCAAUUCUAACAAACGUAGAAAAUAA